AUGAAUCUCUCCAAAGAGAACGACAACCAUCAGGAUUUUCUCAGACUCGCCCAGCAACAAUUUGCCAAUCACACAUAUUUUUUCACCGAUGGAUCUAAAGACGAACGCGGUAAUGUUGGCAUUGGAGUUUUUUCACACAACCUAAACCAUUCUGGACGAUUACCCUCUUUCUUUUCAAUAUGCUCAGCUGAAAUAACAGCCAUCCAAGAAGCAAUACAAUAUAUUGUGGACAACGAUCUCAAACACGCAGUCAUUUUUAGCGACUCAAAAAGCGCCCUGGCAAAAAUCUCCCGGUCAACUAUAUCGGCAAACAGUGAUUACCUUUCAUUACGUACAAGACAACUGAUAUACAGAGCCGUCGCAAAGGGAUUUAGCAUACAUUUGGCAUGGAUUCCUAGUCAUUCCAACAUCAAGGGUAAUGAUAUAGCCGAUACUUUAGCCAAUAUUGGAAGAAAUCAUCCACUCUCUAAUCACCCUCAAGCAGACUAUAGAGAGUUUCAAGCAUUAUUGAAACAUAAUAUUUGGAUAGACUGGACCAAUCAAUAUAGCGAGGACGGACAAUUCAAAGCCAAACUUUACUUUUCCUCCGUACCACAACCUUACAAAACUCCAUGGUUCAAGGAUCUGGCUACUUAUUCUCGUAAAGAAAUCGUCAAUAUGUGCAGAAUUAGGAGCACUCAUUCUCUCAAUAAAAUUAAGAUAGUUGAUGACGACCGCUGCGAAUGUGGGGAAAUACAGACUCUCCUACAUAUAUUCUUUGCCUGCCCUAAUAAUUCUCAUAAUAUACAAAUACUGCAUGCCUCUCUUAGCAUCCCUCCUUCAACCAUUCAGCCUCUUACCUUCCACGAUAUAUUUUUCAAACAUAUAUGA